UUUCCGGCCAGAAGUUGGGAGGCUCUACAUGGCGCUGCUAAGCCGUGUCCUCUUUGUUUGGGGCCGCGGUCCUCGGCGGUUUUUUAGGUAUGGAACAAAAAUAUUAUAUCAAAACAAUGAAGGUUUUCAGUCUAAAUUCUUUCCACCCUUUCAAAAAGUGAUGCUACCACCAAAUAGUUUUCAAGGAAAAGUAGCAUUCAUUACUGGGGGAGGUACUGGCCUUGGUAAAGGAAUGACAACUCAUCUGUCCAGCCUAGGUGCGCAGUGUGUGAUAGCCAGCCGAAAAAUUGAUGUUCUGAAAGCAACUGCAGAACAAAUAUCUUCUCAAACUGGAAAUAAGGUUCAUGCAAUUCAGUGUGAUGUGAGGGAUCCUGGUAUGGUGCAAAGCACUGUGUCAGAGCUGAUCAAAGUCGUAGGACAUCCUGAUAUUGUGAUAAACAAUGCAGCAGGGAAUUUUAUUUCUCCCACUGAAAGACUGUCUCCUAAUGCUUGGAAGACCAUAACUGACAUAGUUCUAAAUGGCACAGCCUUUGUGACACUAGAAAUUGGAAAGCAACUAAUCAAAGCACAGAAAGGAGCAUCGUUUCUUGCUAUUACAACCAUCUAUGCUGAGACUGGGUCAGGUUUUGUAGUACCAAGUGCUUCUGCCAAAGCAGGAGUGGAGGCCAUGAACAAGUCUCUUGCAGCUGAAUGGGGUAAAUAUGGAAUGAGAUUCAACGUGAUUCAACCGGGGCCUAUAAAAACCAAAGGUGCCUUUAGCCGUCUUGACCCAACUGGAGCUUUUGAAAAAGAAGUGAUUGACAGAAUUCCCUGUGGUCGGCUAGGAACUGUGGAAGAACUUGCAAAUCUUGCUGCUUUCCUUUGUAGUGAUUAUGCUUCUUGGAUUAAUGGAGCUGUAAUUCGAUUUGAUGGUGGUGAGGAAGUACUUAUUUCAGGGGAAUUCAACAGUCUGAGGAAGGUAAUGCCAUUUUGUCACCAGGGAGCAGUGGGACACAAUAGAAGGACUCAUCAGGAAGACGAAAGGCUCCUAAGACUACUCUGGCCUUCAUCUUGGUUAUAAUGGAAAUUAUACAAACUGUCUAUAAUCUUUUGAAUAUUUUCAAGUCUAAUAAAUUGUUACUUAGCAAACAUUGAGCGUGUAUUAUGUGCUAGGCCAAUGGUAGGUAGAUCUUGUAUAUUAAAAGAUAAAUAAGAUGGGCUGUUGUUCCUUUAAAGAAUUUUUUAAAAAUAAAAAGAGGAAAGUGAGUGAAGGCUUUUGAUAGAGGUGAAACGAGACUGGAAGUGCAGAGAAAGGAACAGAUAUUUGUAACCUGGAAAAAUCAGGAGAAACUUAAUGGUGAAAGUAGUAUUUGAAUUAUAUAUUAAAACUAUGUCUUUGGUGAUGGUGCCUAAAAGAAAGUAGAGGAUUUACAGUAAAUCUAAUGGACUCUGUCUUUUCAGUGUAUUUCCUUUUUAUUGGACUUAUGAAUUGUCUUCUUUGGAUAGCUCAGUAUUAAUUUAAAUAAGUUCUUGCCAGGACCUAUUUUGUAGCCAGACAUUUUAUUUGGUACUGAGAAUAAAACAUGAAUAAUCUAUAGCCUUUGCCCUCUUAAAACUCAUUAUCUAGCAGGAUAGAUAGACCUGUAAAUAAUUAUUUAUGAUUCAUUGUGAUAAAUAUUCCAGCAAUGUUAAAGUGUGGAGGGGGAAGUAAUUCAAUCUGUCUCCAGAGUUUACAGAAAGUGACACCUAGGAGACAGCAUUCCAUCUCAGCUUUUAAAGUAUAUAUUCUCUAUGAAUUUAUGGUCACCAGGGGGUGGGGAGGUGGGGAGGGAUAGACUGGGAGUUUCAGAUUGACAUGUACACAUUGUGAUAUUUAGGAUAGAUAGCCAGCAGGGACCUUCUGUAUAGCACAGGAAGCUCUGCUCAAUAUUCUGUAAUAACCUAAAUGGGAAAAGACUUUGAAAAAGAAUAGAAAAAAAAUUUUUUUUAAUAAAUUAUUGUUAUAAAAAAAUAAAGUGUACUGGAAUAGGAAGUGCUAAAAAAGAUAAAGUAUAUAUUCUCAUGUAGAGAAGAUGAACAAAGCUCAUAAAAUAUUUUUAUGUAUAAUUUCAUUUCAUUCCAUAUUUGGUUUGACUAAUUUGUCAUCCUAAGAAUCAAUAAGAAAACCACAGUCUCAAGUGUAUAUAGCUAUAAUUUUGAGUUUAUAUUAAAAAAAGUAUUUUGCUUUUAUAGGAAUCAUUCAUUACAUGCUCACUAGACUGACUUUCCCAAUUGCCUGAAUUACCAAGAGAGGGGACCAGCUUCUAUCUUACCUCCUCUGAAUAGAUCUGAAAAGGAAUCUAGUUUUCCUGUUUGAAUUUAUAUGCUGUAAGCCUGAUAUGCAAAUCCUUAUUAUAUUGACAGUUAAUUUUGUGCAUAAGUUACAUUAAAUUGUGUACAUAAAUGGUUUAGAA